AUGAAGUAUGAGUUACUGCAGAUGGAAGAAGAUGAAAAGAUUUCAAGUUAUGUCUCGAAAGUGCGAAAUCUUAUUCAUCUCAUGAAAGGUUGUCGUGAAGUCCUAACCGAUAAGAUGAUAGUUGAUAAGGCACAUGAGUUAAGGAAUGUCAAAAGGAAAUGGGUUCAAGAUUCGAUACAAGCACUACAUGCCCAGACAUGGAAGAAGCGUGGUGGUUUCAACAAGUUCAACGACAAAGGAGACAAGAGUCAGAGCAAGAAGUCUUGGGUGAACUCUCAAAAGCAUAAGUUUGAUGAUAGGGCUCCUGAAUCCUCAAAAAGAGGAGAAGGAACCUCAUAUCAGAAAGACAAACAUGAAAAGAAAAGCACACAAUGCUAUAACUGUGAAAAAUGGGUUGCAGAUGAGCACAUUGACUCCAAGAUCUGGUUCCUCGACACAGGCUGCUCGAAUCACAUGACUGAUCGAAGAGUGUGGCUAGCAAAUUUCGACGAGUUGAAGAAGAGAAAGGUCAGGCUUGCAGAUAAUAGCUAUUUGCAAGCAGAAGGUUUCUUAGUGGCUAUGAAAUAUGGAGCCUAUAAAUUGUUAGACACUCGGAAUAACUUGGAGCUCAGUGAACACAAAGAAAUUCCAGUUAAUACCAUUCCAAUCACAGUCGAAUUCGAAGCAUAA